UGCUGUAGUCACGGCAUCGCCUGGGGGCCCCUCGUUGGCUUUUAAAACCACCGUGAUCGCUACGCUGAGACCACUGAUCGAGCAGAUCACCACAGGGGAAGACCACCACAGCUCAUCCGACUGUAUCCUGCAACGUCUGUCACAGAAAGCAACUAAAGAGAUGAACGGAAAUAUGCCAAUGGUUACUAAGCUAAGCAAGUGCAUCGAGAGCAAACAAAGUGCUGCGUGCAAAGAGGAGAAAAACUCAAAGGAAGCUGCAGAAUCUAACAAGUUGGUUUGCAUAGAGAAAGCUUACAGCACCAUACUGAGAGAGCUUGGAGAAAUCACCGAGCGGGAGGGCCUUUUACGCACACCGUUACGCGCCGCCAAAGCCAUGCAGUUCUUUACAAAAGGCUAUCAGGAGACGGUCCAAGAUAUCCUGAACGAUGCAAUCUUUGAUGAAAACCACGAUGAGGUGGUGGUCGUCAAGGACAUCGAUCUGUUCUCUCUUUGUGAACAUCACCUGGUGCCUUUCUUUGGCAAGGCUCACAUUGCAUACAUUCCAAAUAAGAAAGUGGUUGGUCUGAGCAAGCUUGCCAGGAUUGUUGAGAUCUUCAGCAGGAGGCUUCAAGUUCAGGAGCGUCUAACCAAACAGAUAGCAGUAGCCAUAAAUGAGGCUUUGGAGCCUCUUGGAGUGGUGGUGGUAAUUGAAGCUGCUCACAUGUGCAUGGUGAUGAGAGGUGUGCAGAAGAUGAACGCCAAAACUGUAACAAGUGUCAUGCUGGGAGUGUUCCAAAGUGAUCCCAAGACCCGGAAAGAGUUUCUUACUCUGACACUGUGAAAAGAAAAGUUUUGAUCUCAGCAGGAAGUUCUAGGGAGGAAAAUCAGAGGAAUGCGGAUUCAUUGUGUGUCCAUUUGGAGACAAUUGUGGUCUGAUACAUUUGUUUUGUUUAGCACUAAAAGGAAUUCAUCUGAAAACAAAUCAUUGUAAUAUGCAGCCUGUUAAAGGCAGAAACACAGCUCAGGUAAUAUUUCACAAUGUCAAUGUAAAUAUUUUCCUCUAUUCCUAAUUAUUAAUCUGAACAUAUUUUCUUUAUUCUGAAUAUUAUCCUAUACUGUGUGGUAUAUGAUGAUGUCCGUUGACAAUAGGUUGUAAUUUUUUAACUGUUUUGAUACAUAAAUGUGUGAUAUUUAUUUACCCGUACAGUCAACAUUUACAAAUCAAUAAA